GUUUUAAAGAGCCGGAAAGUAAAUAAACGGCAGACAGAAAUGAGGCAGGUCGAAUCUUCUUGCGUUUCGCGCAUGCGCAUUACUGGAACGUAAGCGUUUUCAUCCGUUUCGAUGUGGACGCACAACUCUGUGAAAACGACUGAAAAAGAUAGUGUGGACGUGGAGCGUUUUCAAAUUUAUCCGGGCUAGUGUAGACGUAGCCUAAAAGAAGAGACUGAAGUCACUAUCAGGAAGUGACACCUCAUAGUGACUAAUUUAUCUCAGAGGUAAAGACCCCUUAAAGCUGCCACGCCUCUGGUAAGGGAGGGUGUGUAGAGAACUUUUUUAUUUUAUUAAACUGUCUUUAUUGUAAAGACAUUUUUUCCUGCUCCAGCUUUGAUCCCCUGAACAAAAUCCCUAACUUUCCCCGCAUUCAAGUUGGCCCCCUGAAGUGUUCUUCUGCUCUGCCUGCCCCCCUCCAGGUUAAUUCAGUGCAAUUCAGUUUUAUUUAUAUGGCACCAAAUCACAACAACAAUCGCCUCAAAGUGCUUUAUAUUGCAACGUAAAACCCUUCAAAUGCCCUGAACUUCUGAAACCCCAGAUCUGUCCGUAUUUGACUUGCAUUUGACCUUAUUUGCUUAUUGAUUUUUAUUUUGUCUUGCAGAAAUAAUUUUGAAAAAGUCUAUUUUCACAACAAAAUAAACAGACAUAUAAUGAUGGAAAAAAUUGUCAUUUUAUCAUGAUGUUUAUCUCAAUAAACCUGCAAACUUCAGCUGCUCUUGUAGCCACAUUCUCAACAAAACAGCUAUUUUGGUACGCAGAGAAAAUGACAUCAGAUACUGAGACUUGUUCUGACAGCAUCAUUGUUUUGCAUCGAUGAUAUUAGGAGUCAAAUUCAGGUGGCAGAGUAAAUUGCCUCUUUAGUUUGUGCAUUCUCAAACAUCACACUGAAACCUGGUUGUGUUUUUGUUUUUUUUAAACACAAACUAAAGAGAAAUAGAAGAGAGCUGCAUUAUACUUAUCUCAGCUGACAAUCUUCACACAUUUGACUUCCUAUAAUCUAUUGUUGGCCAGAUGUGCCAGAGGAGAGUGAAGUCACUGGCAGGAAGUGACACCUCACAAACCCCACACAGCACAAGUAUUUAUCUUUAACAAGUCAAACCUUUAGAUACAGUGUCAUUAGUGUGUAUGAGUACAGAAGAAGCACCAUGGUCCCAUUCAGAUGGAUUGAAGUGUCUUUAUUCUCUCUACUAGUACUUCAGUGUAGAGGCAACAAUAAAACAGCAACACAACCGGUAACAACACAAUCAGAAAAUACAACUAUAAUUAAACCUACGUCAACAAAUGGAACAGAAAGGACUUCAUCAGGUGACAACAUAACAAUACCAAAAUCCACAACAUCAAAAUCAAUAAAUACAACUACUAUAUCACCACCAAGCCAACCUACAUCAACAAAAGGAACAACUGAAAGAAAUACUUUACCAGAACUUUGGAAAUAUUUAUCAUUGUUUAUCAUUUUUCUUGUGGGAAUUGUGGUACUAAUACUUGCUAUAGUCAUCACCACAUGGAAAAAAUCAAAUGGAAGCAAAACACAGGUGGAAGAAGCGACUAAGGUGGCGGGUGAACGCGGCUGCCAAAAAAAUGCUGAUGAUGAAGAUGUCUCCUAUGUCUCUGUCAGUUUUAUCAGGAGGUCCAAGUGUAAAGCCAAGGUCUGUAAUCAUAAUGAUGAUCAAGAUGACACUGUGACUUACAGCACUGUGAAAAGUUCUUCCUCUUCUGCUGGCGUUUCCAGUGAUCCCAGCAACCUCUAUUCCACUGUCAACAAACAAAAGAAACAAGUUCCAGCCUCAAGGUUACAUUCUUUUUUCUGAUCAAUUGUUUGCAUUAUAUGAUAAAUAUGUGAAAAACAUUUUUAAAUUUUUCUUUAACUAAAAAAAAAAAGAAAGAAAACAAUGACCUGCAUUUGAUAAGAUGACACACGCGAUUGACACACUGGCUAAAGUUUCCCACCUUUUAUUUAAGUUGAGUUGUACAGGAGAGGAUUUGGGACACUGGAAAAAGUGGGGAUGUCUUUUUUAAAAUUUCUGAGAAAAAAGUCAGACCUCUGACUUUAAUCACAGAAUUCUGAGAAAAAAAUGUCCCCACUUGUUUUUUCCCCAGGGGGUCCUCUUCCAUAGAGUUAUAACAGGACAGGUAAAUGUUUAAAAUUAAAAUGCUUUGUAUUCAGCUGUUAAUAUCUAUCAUAUGUCAAUGAUAGUGAUCUCUUUGGUAAACAAUUGUGAAAAAAUUUCUUCUUAAUGUACAAUCAUCAAUACAAACAGUAUCAGCUUUCGAGGUAGUGAAACAAAGAAACCACUGACACUCCCUCUAGAGGUUGAGGUUAACGUUUUAUACUGUUUGCUCAUGUACUGUAGGCAAAGUCAAUAUUUUAUAUCUCUUUGCCUUUUUAAUAAUGUUACCUUGUUUUGGAAAUGUAACAAAAACUUACUUGUUUAUGUCCAAUUGGAUUACCUGAUCUAAUUGUGUCUAUGAUAUAAUAUCAAUUAUUACUCCAACUGUAUUUUAAAUUUGCUUUCUUGUAAGUUUAGCAUCUACUAAUUCAGAUGUUUUUUUGUAGAAAAAUAAAAUAUAAUGUAAAAAAUCCCACCAAAACAUCUCUGCUGUUUCACAUUCCAUUAAGCUGCUAUAGCACAAAUGAACACCUAACUAGCUGCAUAUAAAACCAGAAAGUAUAACAUAUAUGACUUAGUUUAAUCUGAUACUAUAUACUGAUGUUUUAGCUUACUAAUAAAUAAACACGUGACUCACAAUAUAACAAAACCUGAGCUGAGGAGAGUAAAAGAACUACUUAGUGAGACAGUCGAAGCAGAGUGCUUCAGAUAGGAAGCCAACAGAAGAGGCAAAACCCUUCAAGAGUCAGAGCAAUGGUACUGAAGAAGAGCAUGGGCAGGUAGUCACAGGUUGGGAAUCAGAUGGCUGAGGCUAGCUCUGGUUCAGUUGCUGUCACUGGAAAGGGUGUGUCCUGUCAUGACUCUGGAUCAGAAGCUUGGGAGGCUGAGCCAAACAGGAGCUUAGGAGCUAGAGAGGCAAAGAUCAGCUGUGACUUUGAUACUGUAGCAGCCUGAUGUAGGAGGCAGGCUGUAACACUGAAACUAUGCAAACACCAGCUGACUCUGGAGCAUGGCUGGCACUUUUGAGAGCAGUCAGUGGCGAUGUUGGGAGCGAGGCAACUGGUAUGACACUAGCUUUUGGCUAGAAAACCUCUGUACAAAACAAUGGUUGCAUUGUUUUAUUAUGUAACAUUGUUUUAUGUGCUGUCCUUGAUUAAAUAAACUCAAAUAACUAACCAGCUGGGUGGAAAAAGACUUGUGAAAUACAAGAGUGGUUUCUGAAGUGAAGACUGGACUCUAUUGAGCAGAGCAGUGAUAAAUCAGUAGCAGUAAAAGCUGCGUCUACUAUUGUCACUUCCCCUUCCUGUUAUCUCAUCACUAUUUUAAACCUCUCUUGUUUGUACUGAGCUCUGACAUUUCACUGCAUACCUGUAUAUCAUUUUACUUUAGAUAUAUUAUGACUCCGAUCUUUAAUCAGGGAGCUUUAAAGAAACAAAGAAUUGUACAAGACACAGAGCAACUUUUCUGGUCGUAAGGAAAAAAUAAACACUCAGAAACUUAAUCUGUAACAAUAUAUGUUCAAAAUGCUUAUUGUUUGGGAUGGAUCUCGUAAAUUAUCAUGUAAUUUAUGUCAUGUUAGAGUGAUGCAUAUCUGGUUAUUUUCAGAGGGCCAAGCCUCUGGUCAUGUACUGCUGAACUUCCCUUCAGUCUUUGUCAGAAGAAAAUUAUGUUUUGAUCAGUUACAUGAAAUGUAUUCUUUAUAUCAGUGAAGCACAUGUUUACGUGACUUUUGACAUAUACCUUGUCUGUGAUAAACAAC